AUGGAUAUAUUUGGCAUCGGUGAAUUAUUGUCAUGUACAGGCCUAAAUUUAUCACCCGAAAUAGUUCAUCGUCUCCACCACCAUCAUCAUCUUCACAACCAGCAACAACAACAGCAACAGCAGCAACAAUACUGCGAUCGACAACCAAAACCUCAGCUGUCAUACAUCGGCCUCAUUGCAAUGGCAAUUCUAAGUUCCAGAGACAAGAAAAUGGUCCUUUCGGAAGUGUAUCAAUGGAUCAUCGACAAUUAUCCGUACUUCCGGAGUCGUGGGCCUGGCUGGCGAAAUUCAAUCCGGCACAAUUUGAGCCUGAAUGAUUGUUUUGUUAAAGCUGGUCGGUCAGCAAAUGGCAAGGGACAUUAUUGGGCAAUUCAUCCGGCCAAUUUGGACGAUUUCAAGAAAGGCGAUUUUCGAAGGCGCCGUGCUCAGAGGAAGGUACGACGACAUAUGGGUCUAUCGGUGAACGAGGACGAGUGCUCAGAUGAUAGUCCUCUGACCUCGCCAGUUCCAGUGAGCAAACCGUUUACCAUUGAGUCGAUCCUGCGACCGGAAUUUCCGCAGCCCCAGAUGAUACUACCCUUACCACCGCUGUUACCAUCACCGUUACCUUAUCAUUUUUAUACAAAUUGUUUUUAUGGGUGA